AGCACAGGACAUGAGUGUGUUGACAAGAAUGUUGCAGUGCUCUCUCUUCAUCAUUCUCUCCAUCUCAUUUAAAGCACCAGCCUUUCAUUUUUGGUUUCCUGGACCUCCUGCAGCCUGCAUCAGCAUCAGCUGACAGUUCAGUCUCAGCAGGUUUCAACGGACAUCAGGAUAUUUCAGCUAUGGAGAAGAGCUUUGGUUCCCGGCGUCAUGGCAGCCUGAGUCCUGAGGGGAUUCUGAGGGAGAUCCAGGUCAACUUGCUGGAGUGUAAAGUCUGCUUUGAGAAGUUCAGCACUGAGCAUAGGGAGCACAGACCACAGAACCUUUCCUGUGGCCAUGUACUCUGUCUGGAAUGCAUCAAAGCUCUGUCCCACCCUCUCCUGAGGAAGCUGGAGUGCCCGUUCUGUCGACAGCUGUGCAGCGUUGACAGCACCUCCCACUGCCAGGCUCUUAGUGACCUGCAGGAGCUGCUGUUGUCCCAGAGUCACACAUCCCUUGCUCCCCCUCACAGCGCAAAGGCAGGCCUUGGCUUGGCUGCAGGUCUGACUUCCACAGCUCUGCACCUCUGCACAACUUUUGGAGGGUGGGGGACUCUUAUCAACCCCACUGGGCUAGCUGUUUUUGGUUCCUCAGGGACAAUAGUGGUGGUGCAUGAUGGAGAGAACAGGGUGGUGGUGUUCAAUCCCCAGGGCAGGAAGCUGCACAGUUUUGGGCGAAGAGGACGUGCCAGUGGGGAGGUCUGUUUCCCGGUGGAUGUGGCAGUGACUCCCUGUGGUCAUGUGGUGGUGACUGAUGCAGGGGAUAAAGCUGUGAAGGUUUUCACCUCCAGGGGGAACCACGUGUUGACAGUCAAAGACUCUCUCCAGAUGCCGUGGGGUGUGGACACGGACAGCUGUGGGCACAUCCUGGUCUCAGACGUCCAGGCCGGCACUCUGUCCCAGGUAAAAGUUGGCUAUGCUCAGGGUGUCACUCUGAAGCAUCAAACAGCCAUUACAGACCUGCAGCGUCCAAAAGCAGUGGCUUGCUGUUUGGUGACUGAAAACACUGCUGUGAUGGAGCAUUUAUCUGAUGACACAUAUCCACCAGGGAAGCUCCAUCACACGAGGCUGAGAGUAUUUACAAAAGACUUCCACUCCCUUUAUCAGACAGACAGCUUCAGCCUCACCCUGCAGUCCACAGUGAGGCUCAACAUGUCAAGCGUGGCCUUUGACAGAGAUGGAGAUCUGAUAGUGAUGGACUCCAAUCAGGGGAUGAUUUGGAGUUUGGGGAAGCUCCAGAGUGGCCCAGCCCUGACACCACUUGUGGGAGACCACCUCAUCCGCCCAGCUGGACUGGUGUCAUUGAAAAACACGCUUGUCAUUCUGGACAGUGGAGACCACACAGUGAAGAUAUAUUCCACUAAUUCUGAUGCUGGACCCAUCAUAUAGCUCAUGUGCAAUCAGGCCUACAGGAAACUGAAAACUUAUCAUAUAAAGUGAUCUGAUGACCUAGCAGUAUUAUUUGUGUCAAGUCUUACAUAUAAAUGACAAAUGUGAAUAUAAUAAAACCAGUGAUAUAGGCCUCUGUAUGUUUAGUCAUGCUCAAAUCAGUUUAUAUGCAUAUUUACGACAGCUGUGCAAUGAUUA